AUGUAUCUGCCACGAUCGCACAUAUCGCAGCUCUACACCCACCUAGAACGAACCGCACACCCUACCAAGAACAACGCCAUCAUCUUGACUUCCCUUUCCGUUGACAGCAUAUGUGCUUUGCGGAUAUUGGAAAGUCUCUUCAGGCGCGACUGCAUCGGAUUCCAGUCUGUUCCAGUAUCAGGAUAUGCAGAACUACAAGAGAAAGGAGCGACAUAUGCGCGACGUUUGAUGCGACAGUAUGGAGGCGAAGGUGGUGUCAUCAUAUGUCUCGGCCUUGGAGGAGCAGUUGCCCUUGACGAGAUCCUUGGUCUCGAUGCAGGCAUAGACGGUCUUGAGGUAGGCGUGGACGGCAUGCAAGACCAUGGCGUUGAGGUCUGGGUCAUCGACUCGCACCGACCACUGAAUCUUGAGAAUGUCUUCGGCGGCGACGCUACCUCUUCCACCAAUGACCCAAGUACCUCUCGACGCCCUGGUGUGACUGAAGGGCGGAUCAAUCCCGGCUAUAGACCUGGAAAGGGCGGCGUCAUUGUGUGGGACGAUGGCGACCUGGAGCAUGAGCUGCAAGCCGAGAAGGAAGCCUACUUUGCACUACAAGGCAUGCCAGAAAUCACCGAAGACGACCUUGCGCUUGACGAUGGAGAGGACGACAACGAAGACGACGAAGAGCUGGACGAGGAGGAAGAUCCAGAUGCGUCCUCGAGGAGCGGCCAAAAGCGGAAGCGUGGUGCAGACUUCGAAGAUGAGGAUGAAUUGUCAGAAUCGGAUAAAGACCGCAGCCGUGCACACAGAAGACGGCGUAGCAACUCGAGCACUUCAAUACCCAUACCUUCUUCUCCUGGAGGUAAUCCACUAUCCGCACAAGUCGACAUGGCAUCUACACCUCCUCCAAUGCCAUCCUCCCCACCCAAGAGGAAGGAACCUUCUGCCAAGCAAAUGCGAAAGCAGCUCCUGAAAUUACGACGGAAGCACGAGGCAACACUUGACAGAUAUUACGACCUUGGUACAAGCAGCGCUGAGCCAGUCAGCAGCAUGGCGUAUUCUCUGGCAUCCGAACUUGGUCGCGAAGAUAACGACAUGUUAUGGCUUGCUUGUGUUGGUAUCUGCUCACUUCAGAUAUUGCCUUCUGGCUCCACUACCAGGAUAAAGCAUGUUCGAGAACUCCUCCAAGACGAAGUGAGGCGUCUGAAUCCCAUCCCUGAGUCGGAGCUUCGAGCGACUCAAAGCGCAGAGGCGCGCAUUCCCACAGGAGGCCGUAGCGCCGAUGACCACAGUAUUCAGCUUUCGCCUGAACCACGAUUUAUGAUGAUCCGGCACUGGAGUCUGUACGAUUCUAUGCAGCACUCAACGUAUCUUGCCACUCGUCUUCACUUGUGGAAUGACAAUGGCAAGAAGCGUCUGGCCAAGCUUCUUGCCAAGAUGGGCAUCAGUCUGCAAGAAGCUGGAAAAGGCUUCACCCAUAUGAACAGCGAACUGAAACACACUCUACGCAAACGCAUUCUCAAGUUUGCCGAGCAAUACAACCUCGCCGACCUGGUACCUGGAAACAAUGGUCGUAGCAUGGAAGGCUGGGGCUUUGUCCGCGCGAUGGGAUGGGCUGGCACAUACAGCGCAGAGGACAUCGCGAUAGUCGUAGGAGCGCUACUCGAAGUCGGAGGCGAGACUCACCUCUUCCCGGAACUCAAGCUCGAACACCGAUCAAGCACCGACUUCAACUACAACGCACGCAUGCGCACACUACCCACGCCACCCCAUUCUUCUGACGACGGCAUGGAGACCUUAGACGAUGUCCCAGACUAUACCUCUAAUCGCUUCAGUCGAGCUUACGAUGCCCUCGUCCCCUCCAUGCGCGGCUUCAAACGCAUCGAAGCCGCCGUCCCAAUCGCCCACAAACUCUCUCGAGCCAUUUUCCGAGUAGGCUCCCACAUAAUCUCCAAAGGCAUGCACAAAAACCUCACAUCCUUCCGCAUGGCCAUCGUCCGCGAAGGUCCCGACGUCCCCCUUUUCACCCAUCCAGGAGCCCUCGUCCGUCUCGCAGUCUGGGUCAACGAAGCCAUCCGCGUCAUCGAAGCAGAAAAGGGCAAACGCAUCAAAGCUGGCAAAGAUGACACCCUCGUGAUCGCCGCUCUGGAUGAAGGUCGCGGAGUUUAUGUGGUCGUAGAUGAUGGCACUGAUGGAGAGGAAGGUCACGCGAGGAGGAAACAUGGUCCUUUGAACCGUUUCGGUCAAGCUUUUCAGGAAGUCGUCGAUCAGACGGGUGCGAGGGUGAGGAUUGAUUCUUUCGAGCACAGUGUCGUUGAGGUGAAGAAGGAUGAUUUUCAAGGGUUUUUGGAGGCGUUGAUUAACAAGCAGGUGGUCAACUGA